CUCGACCCCAGUCACUCAACUCCCGCUCACUACGUUCUUAUCAUAUCUUCGAUGUACACCUAUUCAGUCUAGAUCGCAUUUCACUUCUAUCCGCUUCCCACUACCGGCUUCGAACCGAUAGUCCACAAUAAUGCCCCCCUCACAAACUACCACACGCCUCCUCCGCGAAUUAAAAGAGUACACCGCGUCCCCCAAUGAAGCUCUCCUUCACCUCGGUCCAACGAAUGAAGACGACCUUUUUCACUGGGAAGCCGUGCUCAAAGGCGUAAAAGGAACACCCUACGAAGAUGGCCUCUGGUCCCUUUCCAUCCAAAUACCGUCGAACUAUCCCCUCGCCCCGCCCAAGAUCCACUUCACCACGAAAAUCAGCCAUCCCAACAUCUCCUUCACGACGGGUGAGAUCUGUCUCACUCUGCUGACGACCGAACACUGGAGUCCCGUGUACACCUUAUCCAGCACGCUGACGGCGAUUCACCAGCUGCUGACUGAUCCGCAGCCGGACUCGCCGCUGAAUGUGGAUGUUGCGGCAUUGUUGAGGGAGGGAGAUACUCCGGCCUGGGAGAGUAUUGUGCGGUACUGGACGAGGGAGGAGAGGUGGCAGGGGAGGGUUUGA